UUUAGUUCUCGCCCCGCCCGCCCAACAUCUCCACGUGUUUCUGGGACCUUGGUACCUGCCUUACGAUAUUUUACACUGUUGUAACAAGUUUCUAGUUGGAUUUUGAUUAUUAUGAUGUUUUUUAUAAGAAAGUUUAAUAGUGAUAAAGUUCAUUGAUCUUUGAAUUUUGUUAUCAAUGGGCGUGGAGUCAGCGAAGGUGGAGGAAGUGACGGCCGCGCCAGUGCCGACCGAGUCGGAGGCGCGGUCCAACCGGCCCACGCACUGCGUGGUCGGUGGAGCGCAUGCCUUCAUACUUAGGAUCUCAAGUUUCUUCGGGCUGGCUCCCCUGCGGUUCGAAGCCCGCAGCAAUGGGUUCACGGUCAGCAUAUCCAGCGCAAUGUGUGUGUACAGCUACAUUUUAGUUACAGUUUUAGUAAUAUGCACAAUAUUCGGCCUAGUAGCAGAGAUCAACGUGGGCGUAGAGUUGUCAGUGCGCAUGUCUUCACGCAUGUCGCAAGUGGUCUCGACUUGCGACGUUUUAGUCGUGGUCGCGACGGCCGGCGCAGGAGUCUACGGCGCGCCACAACGGAUGAGAAACAUGCUGAAGUUCAUGGAAAAUAUUGCUUCGGUGGACACCAGUAUAGGCGGACAAUAUUCUUUAGUGACGGAGCGCAAGUUGUGCGGCAUCAUUCUGGCUAUCCUCAUAUUCUUCUCGAUCCUCAUCGCUGACGACUUCACCUUCUACGCGCUGCAGGCUAAGAAAUUGGAUAGAGAAUGGGACGUAGUAACAAACUACCUGGGCUUCUAUCUGCUGUGGUUCGUCGUACUGAUACUGGAGCUACAGUUUGCGUUCACCGCACUGUCGGUGCGCGCGCGCUUCUCAGCUGUCAACGACGCGUUAGCGCUUACUGCUCGACAAGUCUCCGUCCCUGUAGAAAAACCAAAGAGCUCGUCACCUCUUAACAUUUAUGCGAUCCGGGUAGCUCCGGCUGACUCAGCGCGGUCGGCCAACGUCAGCCUACUAGUGGAAACCAUGACUGGCAGAGAACAUGUUGUCAUUAUCAAGAGAACAGUGUCCAUUAUUUCAGCCAGUGGGGAGCCUCGCCUCAUUGUAUCCCCAUGUGAUGCUGUGAGACGUCUAGCAGCGCUACACGGCACUCUCUGUGACGUCGUCAACAGUAUAGACGACAGCUACGGGCUCCCUCUCAUCGUGAUCCUCAUUUCAACGUUACUUCAUCUGAUAGUUACGCCAUACUUCUUAAUUAUGGAGAUCAUUGUGUCUACGAACCGCAUUCAUUUCUUGGUUCUGCAAUUCUUGUGGUGUGUAACGCACAUGUUACGCAUGAUCGUCGUGGUGGAGCCUGGACACUAUACUAUAGCCGAGGGCAAAAGAACAGAGGCGUUAGUAUGCAGACUGAUGACAUCAGCGCCGUCUACGGGCGUGCUGCCUUCAAGGCUGGAGAUAUUCUCGAGACAACUGAUGCUGCAGUCGGUCAGCUACGCGCCAAUGGGGAUGUGCACGCUGCAUCGACCGCUUGUAGCUUCUGUGAUAGGUGCAGUGACAACCUACCUGGUGAUUCUCAUACAAUUCCAAAGAUACGACAGUUGAAAAUGAAGGACGCCGAUAUAAUUUUAAUAUUCACUCUCUAGUCACUACAUGAGUUCCUAGUACCUAUUUUACAUGUUUUGUAAAAUUUAUUAAAUAAGAAGUAAUAACGAACGGGUUUUUUGUAAAUAAAUUAAUUAGAAUACAUUAUGUAUAUGUAAAUAAAAUAAAUGUUUGUC